UGCACCUGCCAGGACGAUUGUUCCUCCUCCAACUGCCUGUGCGGGCAGCUGAGCAUCCGCUGCUGGUACGACAAGGACGGGCGGCUGCUGCAGGAGUUCAAUAAAAUCGAGCCCCCCCUGAUUUUCGAGUGUAACCAGGCCUGCACCUGCUGGAGGAGCUGCAAGAACCGCGUGGUGCAGAGCGGCAUCAAGGUCCGGCUCCAGCUUUACCGCACGGCCAAGAUGGGCUGGGGCGUUCGGGCGCUGCAGGCGAUUCCCCCCGGGACCUUCAUCUGCGAGUACGUGGGGGAGCUGAUUUCGGACGCCGAGGCCGACGUCAGGGAGGACGAUUCUUACCUGUUCGACCUGGACAACAAGGACGGCGAGGUGUACUGCAUCGACGCCCGUUACUACGGCAACGUCAGCCGCUUCAUCAACCACCUGUGCGACCCCAACAUCAUCCCGGUGCGGGUGUUCAUGCUACACCAGGACCUGCGCUUCCCCCGCAUCGCCUUCUUCAGCAGCCGCCACAUCCGGCCCGGCGAGGAGCUGGGGUUCGAUUACGGGGAUCGCUUCUGGGACAUCAAGAGCAAAUACUUCCCGUGCCAGUGCGGCUCCGAGAAAUGCAAACACUCGGCCGAGGCGGGCGGGGGGCGCGGGGACCCCCAGGAGCUGCUCCCCCCGCUGCUGGCCCUGCCCCCGCCCUGAAACAGCCGGAAUCGCCCCAAAAACAGCCGGAAUCGCCCCAAAAACAGCCGGAAUCGGCCCAAAAACAGCCGGAAUCGGCCCAAAAACAGCCGGAAUCGCCCCAAAAACAGCUGGAAUUGCCCCAAAAACAGCCAGAAUCACCCCAAAAACAGCCGGAAUCGGCCCAAAAACAGCCGGAUAACCCCAAAAACAGCCGGAAUCGCCCCAAAAACAGCCGGAAUCGGCCCAAAAACAGCUGGAAUUGCCCCAAAAACAGCCGGAAUCGCCCCAAAAACAGCCGGAAUCGGCCCAAAAACAGCCGGAAUCGCCCCAAAAACAGCCGGAAUCGGCCCAAAAAAAUCACCUGGAUAACCCCAAAAGAACACCCGGAUAACCCCAAAAACCAUCCAAAAUGGGGAAAAGUGACCCAAAAUUGCCCCAAAUUCAUCAGAAAUGGCCCCAAAUUCAUCGAAAAUGGGAAAAAUUGACCCCAAAUGGCCCCAAAUUUACUCAAAAUGGAGAAAAUUCAUCCCAAAUUCCCCCAAUUCCACCCAAAACGGCCUCAGUUCCACCCCAAAUUCACCAGAAACGGCCGAAAUUCCCCCAAAAUGGUCAAAAUUCAUCCAAAAUGGAGAAAAUUCCCCCAAAACGGCGAAAAUUGCCCCAAUUUUGUCCUCUGGCCCCGCCCCCUUUUGAUUGACGUUGGAUGUGAACCAAUAAAAAGACCGGA